UUUUUAAAUUACAUGUACGCUUAUAUUCCUAAAGAUGAGUGCUUUAAAUAAUCAUAGUGAUUUAAGUAAUUGUCCGUAAAAGACAAACUGGAAGGAGCUUGGCACUGAGUGAUAAGCCAGCUACGUUUGCCAAAAUAGAGUUAUAUACGCUAGCUUAACCUUUCAAUAUUAUAAACGUCAAACGAAUUGUGCCAAAUAACCUAUUUAUGUUUGUAAGACAGCUGUUAAAGACCCAGUUGCACUUGAAGUUUUUAUCAAAGAUGUCUCGUCCACUUCUAGUCGCGUUUGACUUUGAUCAUACAAUUGUCGAUGACAAUACAGAUAUUGUUGUCCGUAAAUUACUACCAGAGGAGAAAUUACCUGAUUCAGUCAGAGGUUUGUAUAGAUCUGAUGGCUGGACUGCAUAUAUGAGAAAAAUUUUCGAACUUCUUCAUGCUAAUGGUAUAAGUCUUAGUCAAAUAGACACUGCCAUACAAAAUAUACUUCCUGUUGCUGGAAUAGAGACAUUACUUCAUAAAUUACAUGACAGUAAUUGUGAAAUUAUCAUCAUAAGUGAUUCAAAUUCACUGCUCAUUAGUACAUGGUUGAAGCAUAAGAAAUUAGAUAACUUAAUAGCUCAAGUUUUCACAAAUCCUGCUUGGGCUAAUGAGAAUGGUAUGAUGUGUAUAGAUAUGUAUCAUGUACAAGACUGGUGCAAACUGAGUACGAAGAAUUUAUGUAAAGGACAUAUCUUGGAAGAAUAUAUAAAAAAAAGAUUCGAGGAUGGAGUACAGUUUGAGAAAAUAAUGUAUGUUGGUGAUGGUAGGAAUGAUCUCUGUCCUAUCCUGCGCUUAUCAGAAAAUGAUAUAGCAUUUCCAAGAAAGGAAUAUGCUCUUAUAAAAAUUUUAAAUGAUCCGCAAAGUGAAAAAGGUCAAAGUGUGAAAGCUCAAGUUUAUCCAUGGAACAAUGCUACUGACAUUCUCCACGAAAUAAUACAGAAAGUUAAUCUUUGAAAGAAGAAAUUACAGUAUUUCUUAUAUUUUUAGGCUAACAAAUAUACUUAACUUACAUAUUA